AUGCAGUGCUUCCGUCUGUUCCGUCUCCAGCUGCUAGACAAGGCCAGGUUGUUUCAGGCAGCCUAUGUGCGGCUAGGCCGUUCUAAAAUGGAGUUCUCGGCAAGCAGCUACGAGGUUUGCGAUUCGAACUCUCGUUAUGUGCAUGGCGGUUUAAUCCAAUCCUCUCUAUUGAGACCCCAUUUGGACGGAUGUGGCGUUUUUUGGCAGCCACACGCCAAGAUCUCGAUUCAGCCUGCUCGCCCAUUAUGGUUCUCUCCGCGAACUUGGAAAGCAGUCAGGGAAAUUGUCGAACAGCCACCUGAUGGGCUGUUGCCUAUCGAAUCAUGCCGUCGAGAUAUGAUGGCUUGUCUGCUCAGCUGCAGGGCGCUUCCCAAGACAACUUGCAGAGUAGUUAAUCGCACUCGCAUUUCUGACUUUUGUCAGCGUCUCAGCCGCGACCUCGUGUCAGAAGAUCAUUGUCUAGACUCAAUGAUCGUUCUCCUAAGCGCUUCCGGUUCAUCGAGACCUGAUCAGCACUCAUCUUUCCAAACAUUGCUAAAUCCUGGCUGCCGCAGUCCCGUUGUCGAAUCGACGCGUCGUCAUAUCUCGCUCUGGGAUUUGCAGCCGGGUUACCAGCCCCACUGGAUCGCGAUGGCCGAAGCUGGUGCCUCUCCACACGAUAAAAAGGUUUUGAAAAAGGAGAAGGUUCAAAGCUUUUCGUUCAGUGCUUUGAAAGAUUUCCCUUUCUCUGGCAAACAUCGCAACAAAGAUGGACAGAAAGCAGACACCACAAAUCAACAAAGUCAGGAUGGACCUUUAACAGCACCAGCAUCUCCUAAAGGACCUCCGACGGCUCUGGCUAGAUCACCCACCGCACAAUCUAUUCUACCUCCGGUGAAUGAUCGAUAUGAAUUAAGCAGGAUGGAGAUGCUAGAGAUGGAAAACAAGUAUACAGCGAGAACAAUAGACACUAACGAAUCGAAUGGGCCGCAAGGUGAAACCUCGCUCCCUCCGCCACUUAAGAUCAACAGCGAAGUUGACGAAACGACGGAACCAAUAGGGUUACCCGGUACUAUAAUUCCUCCUAGGAAAGCUCUUCAAUCUACGCCUAAGCUAGGAGAAUUAGCGCCACUGUCGCGGCAAACCACAGAUCCACCAACGAUCCCAAAUGGAAAUGGUUGCCCAGUCUAUCGUGAAGAGUUGGGGGAUCUCCAGAAUGUUCAAGACCUCCAAGAAAGAAUGAAAUUAGUGCUCAUAGAGAAUACGAGACUUAAGGAAGAGCUCAAAGACGAAAAAUUGAUAUCUGGGAAGCACUGGAGGUGGUUCAAAGAAGAGCAGCAAGCAAAUAUCGAUUUGAAGAGCAGGCUUGCCGCCAUGAAAGAGCAACUCAGGGAGGAUGAGAGUGCGGUCAAUAGAGCGGUAGCCCGCGAGAGUGAGAUUGAGCAUAUCGUUACAGAAAAGAACAUGUGUAUCCAAGGCCUGAAUGCGGAGCUAAAAGACCUUCGCACUUCCCGCGAUUUAGAAGUCAACAACGCUGCAAACAUGACGCAGCAAAUUAUCAGGCUUCAGGAAGACCUCCAGCAAAGCCAAAAGAAUGUCCAGAAUGUCACCAACGAACUCAUGCAAUUCAAGUCUCAGCUGAACAGUAAAGUUGAUGACCGCUGGUUCGUUGAGCAGUGGACCGAUUUGCAUUCUAAAAUCCAGAACAUUUCUACCAAAUUUUUCGCCGGCAAAAUAUCUCGACACAGUGGAGCGAUGGCAUCUCGUGGGAAAGGGAAAUUUGAUGUAUGUGCACCGAGAUGCUUGAUGCAACUCACGCCGGACUACACGCAAUACAUCAGCUCGGAAAACUACCGACCACUUCUUAUCCAAGCCUUCAUUUGGUGGAUUCUCAAUAACAAGGUUUUCGAUCAUGCCAGCAAGUUCUCCGAAGGACUAUAUUGGGCAGGCGGUAUGCGUGAUUCUUUGGCCAAUCUAAAGGGAGAGUUACGGCCCUUAAGACGAAGAGACCGGUCAAGGGACGACGUGAGCGAGGCUAAACGCCAGGAAGCUGAAGCCCAGAACUUCCACAAGUGGCGCUCAACAACCGCGAUCAUGCUCAUUUCCAUGAAAGCAACGAAACAUAGAAUCGUACAUUCUCACGUCAAUGAUCUCAUCACUGAGGUCACAAACACAGUAGCCCCUUUCAUAGCCCGCAAGGAAUCCGAACGCGCGAAAGCAGAGGAAGUCUUCGGCGAUGAGCUACAUGAGAUUAUCGUCGCUGCUAUUUCACUUGAUGCAGAGAUACAACAGCAACGUGGCUGGAUCUACUGUGAGCAGUGGGCUGACUAUACCCAGCAAGAAGCGCCAGUUCAUGGCUUCAGAUGGAAAGAUAUGGAGAUGACCCAGGUGUAUGGUCCAGCACAAGCCAAAGGCGGUGCAAAUAAGUUUGCGGACCCGUGCGUGGAAUUAAUUGUUCAGCCUGCGUUGUUCCGAGAAGGUAACUCAAAUGGAAAAGAGUACUCGGCGGCGAAGAGAAGGUCCGUGGGUUUGAAGCUGGGGGUGGUGGGGCGGCUGGUACUAUCGAUUGUCUCUUGUAGUUCUGUCAUAUACAAUAUCAUCUUCAAAUGCAUUUGCUCUAUUGCAUUUGCACUGUCCCCUGCAACAAAAUAUAUUAGGAUUCUGCCUUCCCUGCCUCCCUCCACGGACUUAACCAGAAACUCCAAUACAUCUCUCGUAAACUAUCUCGAGCGCCUAUGA